AAAGGGAAGGCUGGAGACGUCUCUCAGCGCUCGGUCCCGGUACCUGCUGGGGGCGGGGAGGGAGAGGAGCGCUGGGCGCCGAGAGGCUGGCGUUGAGCGCAUGAGUCACUUCUUUCUCCUGGACUAGGAGAGGGACUUCGCCUCCCUCCCAGGGUCUGCAUUUCAGCUCCAGCUUCAGAGACUUCCCCCUGCAGAUUGACCCUCUCCGGAGCUUUGACCGGCAGCCUCUCCGUCUAGGUGAGGGCCAGGUUCCCUGGCUUCGCACCAUCAAUUAUACUUGUUAAUCCAGCCAAUCAAGUCUGAGAAGCCUGUACUUUAGAUGAAAGUUCCCUAGUCUGAGGCAUCUGUAUAAAGGUGUUUUCUACAUCUGUCCCAGCAAACAUGAGUCCUGCUCUGUAGCUUUCUGAAGGAUUGAAGCUGAGCAUCAUUAGUGGAACUCAGCUGCUGCCUGACUGAACAUCACAGCAAAGACCUUGGAAAUCUUUUUCAGUUAAAACAAUAAUGACUUUUUGGUAAUGUAAUCUCCGUAAAGCAUGUUUUCUGUGCAGCCUGAAAGAAUACCAAGCUACCAUUAGCAGUUCUGCAGAGGCCUUCUAAAAACCACUUUACCUGAACAACUGAGUGACUCCGGGUUGGUCAGGGUUAACCUUAGCAAUUGUAUCUAUCAAUUCACUUUCUGGAAGAUUCAAUCACUGCUACUCAGAGCUGCUGCUGAAAUAUCAUGUCCAAGACCUCAGAGUUCAUCAACCUCUCAUUUUUAUUAGAUCAUGAAAAGGAAAUGAUCCUGGGAGUCUUAAAGAGAGACGAAUAUCUGAAAAAAGCAGAGGAAAAGAGAAUAAGAAAGCUGAAAAAUGAACUCUUAGAAGCAAAACGUAGAAGUGGGAAGACUCAACAGGAGACCAGCAGAGUCUGUGUUCACUGCCAGAGAAACCUGGGCCUAAUCUUUGACCGAGGAGACCCAUGCCAGGCCUGCUCACUGAGGGUGUGCAGUGAGUGUCGGGUCGUGGGCCUCGAUGGCAGCUGGAAGUGUACUAUGUGUGCCAAAGUCGCGCAGCUAAAGAUUAUAACUGGCGAAUGGUUUUAUGAAGAAAAGGCAAAGCGUUUCAAGCAAGUCAAUGUUCUGGGCACUGAUGUUGUCCGACAGUCAAUCUUAAGAAGAAGUACAGGAUCUGAAGAAGUACAAAGCCAGGAGCAAACCUGCCAGGAUGCAGAAAAAUCAGACACUUCGCCUCCUGUUGGGGAAAAGGCCAGCCAUGAUGUUCCCAAGAGAAAAAGAUUUCUUCUUAGUAAGUUCAGAUCAGCAACCAGAGGAGAAAUUACAACUCCAAAAGCUGAAAGUGGGCGGAGCUACAGCUUGGAUUUAGAAGGUCAAAAUUUUUGGAAUUUGAAGUCAACUGCUGGUUCAGAAAGGGGCAGCACCUCAUCAGAUCUCAUUGACCACAAGGCUGGACCUGGGACUCCAAAGAGCAGCAGGAGUAAUGUUGUGACCCCAGUCACUCAGAGGUCACCAGCUCCAAGCACACGCAGCAUGACCUCAGUCAGCAGUAGAGAGCGUGGCUUUGAAAAUUCCAUGGGUUUGUCUGCCACUCAAUGUACCUCUGAGGAGCUCACAAAGACUCAUCGCAGAAACGUGUCCAGCACACCUUCCAUAGCAGUGUCUGGGACCUCCCUCUCCUCAGACCGGAGUCAAUCUGAGUUAGAUUUGUGUGAGUCAUUUACAGAAGAUUUAGAGGAUAAUGUGAGCAUAAGAAGCAGGUCUGUUCCUGGGGCUUUAGACAAAGACUUGAACUCCUUGGGAGAGACUAAAGAAGGUGAUGAUGAUUUAGUGUCUUCCCAGUUUUCUGCAAACACCCACAGUCUGGCAAGUGGCCUGUCAACCAAUUCUCAAGCAGGCUCUGACAGGAAGUGGACCUACCUAAAUGUGCCUGAUGCUGAUUCAGACACUACAAGCCUUAACAGCAUGAUGAGUGUUUACAGUGAAACAGGCGACUAUGGCAAUGUGAAGGUCAGUGGUGAAAUCCUUCUCCACAUCAGCUACUGCUACAAAACUGGCGGGCUCAACAUUUUUGUCAAGAAUUGCAGAAAUCUGGCCAUAGGAGAUGAAAAGAAACAAAGGACAGAUGCUUAUGUCAAGUCAUACCUUCUUCCUGACAAGUCCCGAAACAAUAAGCGCAAGACUAAAAUCAGAACAGGCACCAAUCCAGAAUUCAAUGAAACACUAAAGUAUACCAUCAGCCAUACCCAGCUGGAAACAAGAACUCUUCAGCUCUCAGUCUGGCACUAUGAUCGGUUUGGACAUAACAGCUUCCUCGGCGAGGUGGAGAUUCCUUUUGACUCAUGGAACUUUGAAAAUCCAUGUGAUGAAUGGUUUGUGCUUCAGCCCAAGGUGGAAUUUGCUCCUGAUAUUGGCCUUCAGUACAAAGGAGAGCUGACUGUUGUUUUACGAUACACUCCCCCAGGGGAAAGUGUCAUGCUUCCACUAGGACAACUUCAAGGAAAGAAAGCCUCCAAAAAGGGAAAGAAAAAAGAGUCACCUGUAAUCUCUGGAGGAAUACUAGAAGUGUUCAUCAAAGAAGCAAAGAAUUUGACAGCAGUGAAAUCGGGAGGCACUUCUGACAGCUUUGUGAAGGGCUACCUGCUCCCCGAUGAUAGCAAAGCCACCAAGCACAAAACUGUGGUCAUAAAAAAGAGUGUGAACCCUCAGUGGAAUCAUACUUUCAUGUUCAGUGGCCUGUAUCCCCAAGAUAUAAACAGUGUUUGUCUAGAGCUUACCAUCUGGGACAAGGAGGCCUUUUCCAGCAACAUCUUUCUCGGAGGAGUUCGUUUGAAUUGUGGAAGUGGUGUGAGUCACGGGAAAAACGUGGAUUGGAUGGACUCUCGGGGGGAAGAGCAGAGCCUUUGGCAGAGGAUGGCUGAAAACCCUGGAAUGCCCGUAGAGGGAGUACUUAUGCUCCGUUCCAGCAUGGGGAAAUGUAGGCUCUGAAGAGACAAGUUCUUCAAGAACGAGACCUCUAGGAACUGUCUGGCUGCCAUUUCUAACAAAUAGCAGGCUGGAACUUUGGAUUCUGCUUCCCUGCCAUUUUUCACCUGAGGAUAUGGGGACAUCAGGGGCAAGAGAGAUGAUAGUGGUAUGAACAUUUAGGGUCAUCUUGCUGGGUUCCUAAAAACACCCAAGUACUUUUACUUUUUGAGUGUGAUGGUACACAGCUAUGACGCCAGGACCCUAGAAGGCUGAGGCAAGAAGACUGCAAGUUUGAGUCCAGCCUGAGUAAUUUAGUGACUUAGCAAGGCCCUGUCUCAAAAUAAAAAGAUAAAAAGGACUGGAUAUGUAGCUCUGUACAUAGGCCCUGAGUUCAGUCUCCUGUACCCUCCAACCAAACAAAAAAAGUAUCUCUCUAUGUGUAUGGACUAGGGCCUCCCUAGACUUUGUUUCCAUUUUUUUCUUUUCUCAUAAUUUUUCCUUUCCCUUCUUUCCUUUCCCCUUCCCCUCCCACUUCCCCUACCCCUUUGGACCUUUUCUUUGUAUACCUAAAAUGUACCAAUGAAAGAAUUUAAGCAAAAUAAUAAUAAUAAUAAUAAGUGGACUAGGGCCUCCCUGACUAGACAAUAGAAAGUGGCUCACACUGUCCUGUCAACAAAAUUGUGCAGUAAUUCAUAGGGUUUAUAUCAUCACAGAAAUAGCUCAAGCUUAUUUGAAACUAUGGUUGAGAUCGAGGAGUGCCCAACCUUUUUUGUAAUUAUGAGUGUCUUUAUAUUUCUUCAGUGUGAGGAAAAAGGAGACCACCAAGAAAGUAGAAAUCCCUGUGGUCCAAAGAAGGCAUGAUAAGGAUGGCUGCUGGGGUGACAGGCUGGUCCUGUUAUGGUAGCAAACUUGGGCACUGACCAGAUCUGAGAUAGAUUGACAGGGCUUCUUAUUAGUGCUAUAUAAUUUAUUAUCUAAAUCAGCCUACUUUUGAGAGUGAAUGAAGCUAAAUAAUUACAUCUGAACAAUGAUGUAAACUAGCAAUGAUCUGGGAAUAUUGGGAUGUAGGGUCAUCCUACUGAGAGAACUCUGCUGUAAACAUUUAUUUUAUGAAAUAUUCUAAGCCAUUAACUACAAAAAAAUAAAAAAUAAUGGUCAACAUACUAUUCAUUGAUGAGAAAAGUGGAAUUUAAAAGGAGAUGCUCUACCUACUAUCUUACUUUUCUUUAUUUGCUCUCACUCUUUCAUUUUCUCUUUCCCAGAGUUCUUGUUGCCUCCUUUUGUAAUGGUUAGCUGUUGCCAUAAUAAUGCUGAAUAAUAAACCACUCCAAAUGUUGUGACUUAAAAU